AUGUCGUCGGCGUCCCUCGCCGCCAGGCUCCUCCGCCGCGCCGCCUCUUCGUCGCGGGCCUCCACCCUAUCCCGACGCUGCGCCCACUCCUCCGCGACUUCCCGCGCGCCCGUUUCGCUCGCCCAGUUCCACCCCGCCGCCGCCGCCGCCGCCGCCUCCCCGUCAGGGACCCCUGCCCGCCGCUUCCUGUCCUCGCAGUCCCCGGCGGCUUCCUCCAAGAUCUCCCCGGACGAGAACCUGAGGCGGGUCAUCGACUCCGAGAUCGAGUGCGUCGUCGAAUCGGAGGAGGGCUCCGCGCAGCAAAUUGAUCCACCAGAAGACUUCCCCUUUGAGAUAAUUGAUAACCCUGGUGAUCAGUCCAUCGUUCUCAAAAGAGAGCUUGCAGGAGAGACUAUUAAAGCUACUGUCUACACAAAUUUUGAUACUGAGGAAGAUUUGAACAAUGAGGGCUCUGAUGCUGAGAAUGAUGAUGACUCAUUUAAGCCAGCACUUCAGAUGGUUGUCACUGUUGAGAAACCAGGAGGCUCAAUCCUGGAAUUUGAGUGCAACUUUAAUGAUGAUGAACUGGCAAUUGAAAAUAUGAGGUUGCUGAAUCGCGAUGCCAAGUUUACUGAGAAUGCAUAUGAGGGGCCACAGUUCUCUGAUCUGGAUGAGAGCUUGCAGAAGUCCUUCCACAGGUAUCUUGAGGUGAGGGGGAUCAAGCACUCGCUGCAUGACUGGCUGCACGAGUACAUGAUGACCAAGGAUGAGAGGGAGUACGUGGUUUGGUUGAAGAACAUGAGAGAGUUCAUCGAGAAAUGA